CUAUAUUAACAAACUGAUAGUUGUUUUAUACUGCGAAGAAUUCACGUUUUGUCGAACGAAAAAUAUUUAAAGUAUCUGUGACAUUCGACAUUUGAAACAUUGAUCCAACGAUAUUGGAAUAUUAAUAUAUGCAAUCACACAAUAUGAUUAGCUAUUUUUAUCUGAAAUAAUAUUAUACGGGCAUUAAAUUUCUUCUAAUUAUUUAUCAUAUUAUUAUAGUUUAAUAUAACGUAAUUGAGAAUAUUUAAAUCUAUUACUAAAAAAAAAAUAUCUUAAAAUACUAAUGUACUAAAUGUAGCGGUGACGUCAUAGAAUGACGUCACUGACACGUCAGCGGUGAUCUGCCUUCCUACAUACAAGAGAAUAUAUCGUUACACAUGGAUUAUGUUCAAAGUCCAUUCGGUUGAAUGAAUUUAUAAUGUUUUGGAUAUGUGAAAAUAUAUGAUAAUUGUAAAAUCUAUUAAAUCAACGAAUGAAUAUAUUAAAUGAUUCCAUUGCUCGUUGAUCGUGUAUCAUUUAUGUUGAUCGAGGAAGUGUAUUUAUUCUAAGCAAUCUUGUGACGUAAGAAAUGUUGCACUAAGGAAAAAAAAAUGUAAAACAAUUGAAGUCUUUAGAAGGAAGUAGAAAAAAGAGAGCUCGAGAAGGAAUGAAAAGGUAUUGAAGGCACAAAGUGUGAUAGUCACGUUGCAAGAAGAAGUAAAAGAUUCGAAAAAAAGCGUAGAAUUAUCUGCCGCGCCUCUUGGUGUUUUUACAAAGAGACGACGGUGGAAGUGGCGGUGAUAGUAGCGGUGGUGGCGGCGGUGGCGGUGGUGGUGGCGGCGGCUGCGGCGGUGGCAGCGGCAGCGGUAGUGGUGGGGACAACGAUGGCGAGGGACGUGGAUGGUCGCCAUUUUGAUGGUGACGCGCACGGCGCAGCUCGGGUUCCACCAGUGACGAAGCCACUGGAGUUUUGACGUGGCUGCUACGUACCUGCCUGCUUGCCCACUCCGAUUGCAGCAAAGUUGGUGACGAGAAAUACGUAACUGGGCUUCAGGUACCCAGGCUAUGGAAAGUAUGGUCGAGGAAAAUGGAUCGGCCGUUGACCCAUUAUCACAGGGUUCUCAAAGUGGUGAUGCAGCACCGGCAAUUGCAACAUCGGUACAGUCUCUCAAUAGAACGCCUCAACAGCAAACUCAUCAUCUGGUAGCUUCUACCAGCAUUGUGCAACUGACACUACCUUCAUCAGGAGCAACACAGGUUCAAUCUGUUAUACAACCUAACCAGCAGUCUGUAAUUCAGACAGCAACAAAUAUUCAACCUGUUGCUCUCUCCAAAGGAAAUGUUAUUCUUGUUAGUAAACCAAAUUCAGUCAUACAAACUGCUCAAGGCAGUUUACAAACGCUUCAGGUUGUUGAGACAGGAAGCGAUGACAGUUUUUCGGAUGAAGAAUCUCCGAAAACAAGAAGUAAUAUUCUCACCAGACGUCCAUCAUACAGAAAAAUUCUUAAUGAUCUAGGUGGCGGAGAAAUUACUGACGGUCGUUUGCCUCCCAUAGAAUCUUCUUCAGAGUGCGAUUCUAAUGUGGACAGUGAAGUGUCUUCCCACUCUCUUCAUUAUCAGACAGUAAUACCUGCUGGCACUAUUCAAAUUGCAACUCAAGGGGAGGGUGUCCCAGGGCUUCAUACGUUAACUAUGAGUAAUGCAGCAACGGCAGGUGGAGCUAUAGUAGAGUAUGCACAGGGUCAGGAUACGCAAUAUUUUGUCCCAGCUUAUCCAGGACAUGGUGUAGUCGUUGAAGAUGCAGCUAGAAAAAGGGAACUGAGGUUGCUGAAGAAUAGACAAGCAGCAAGAGAAUGUAGAAGAAAGAAAAAGGAAUAUAUUAAGUGCUUAGAAAAUCGUGUUGCAGUUUUAGAAAACAGAAAUCAGACUUUAAUUGAUGAGCUGAAGUCCUUGAAAGAGCUCUAUCAACAAAAAGCGGACUGAGGUUGGUGUUCAAUAUUGAAACACUGUAUCAAAAUUAUUAAUCGAUUAUGGAAUUUGUACAUGUUUUGUUUGUGUACAUUAUCCUAAGACAUUGUUAGAUAAACGAUGGUGAUGUACAUGCAUUCUUAUAGAUAAGCGUUCUGUAACAUACUGUAUUUAAGCAUGAAUACAAAGGCUUGUGAGACUUGCUAUUACUAAAGCGAGAAGCCAAAGGUACAUGAAAUGUGGAGGUAGGGAAUGUAUAGACAGAUAUUUGGGAAAUCAUCAUAUAUAUUUUGGAUAAAGAUGAUUAUAAAAUUCACACCAAUGUUCAUGCAUGGAGGGGAUGAAAAAAAAUGUUAAUGUUCAAAAUGUACAAUCUACAGAGGCAGUAUGAUCGUGCUAUUUUGAGAUAAAUGAUGUGUUAAUGUAGUAUCACUGCAACCUUCCAUUUGUAUAUUAUAAACUAGAUGAUUGAAAGGUAUUGUAAAAAACAACUCAAUGGUUUUACAAAUAGUCAAUUUGUGAUAAAUUAGUCACUUACAUGAUUUUUUUGCUAUAUAUCUUAUAGGAAAAGAAUUCUAUAAAUAUAUCUAUAAAAUGUAUCAAAUGGGGCUAACAUAUUAUUUUAGAUCCGCAUUCGUGAUCAUUAUUUCUUUAAAAAGUAAUUAUUUACACAUAUCUUCUUUAAAUUCAUAUUUUCUAUAGCCUCUUUUAACUUUUGGUAAUGUAUAUUAUUAUAUACAGUAUUCAUUGUAAAAAUUGAUAUAAUUUUUUUUUGAAUAAUUGGAAAUAUUUUUAUAAGUAUGAUGGAUAGACAAGCUUAUUUCUUUUAGUUAUAAAACAUUACAAUCUAUCUGUUAUAUUAAUUAAAUAUAUGUAAUAUAAUUCAUUAUCUUUUUCUAAAAACAAAAGGAAUAUAAGAGAGAAACAACAUCUACAAUGCAAGAAACUAUAUUUUAAAGAGUCAGAAUUUACAAAAAUGCAUAUUCUGUCUCUUUUUUCUCCUCCUCUGGAUACUACAAGUGGAAAAAACUACUGAUUGAUAUAUGUAAAAUAUAAAUGUAAUAUAAUCUGGAGUGCCUUUACAAUUUCUGUGUACACAACAGUGUAUAUAUAUGUAUAUAUAUAUAUAUAUAUACAUAUAUAUACCACAUGUAUAAUAUAUUUAUAUAUAUAUAUAUAUGUAUAUGUAUAAUAUAUAUAUAUAUGUAUAUAUAUAUAAUAUAUAUAUGUGUAUAUGUAUAAUAUAUAUAUAUAUAUGUAUAUGUAUAAUAUAUAUAUAUAUAUAAAAUUAUAACGUUAUAAGAACACAGGAUAGAGAUAUUUUUAAAUUAUGUAUUACAACGUACUUUUAUGCACUUGACGUGUUAUAUAAGAUUCUGUUGAUGUUGGAACUUUCAUUCUGAUGUAUAUUUUCGCAUUUUUAAAUUAAGGACUACUAGCAUGAAUUAAAUAUUUAAAUAUCAAAGAGUAAUAAAUAAAUCUACUGCAUUAGUAGAUAAUGAUAAAACCACUUUCUCUUCAUAUUUCGUGAUCUCUGUCCAGGACACAAUUCUGUAUCAAUAAUAAUUAAUCUUUACAUAUAAUUAUUUUAGUAAUCUGAUUUGUGCUAUGCAAAAGAAAUAACUAAAAAAUAAUUAUAGCAAUCCUUACAUAUUUUCUAUUGUUAUUUGGUAUUAAUACCACAGAUCAUUUUACUUUACUACAUAUUAAUCAGUCAAAUAACCUUUAAUUUCUUUAAAAUUUAUAAUAUUCAUGCAAUAUUUAUAUAAAAAAAUGAAUUUCCUGCUAUAUUUGAUAUAAGAAAAAGUACAAUGUAUUCAUAGCACCAUAUAAAAAAAAGGAAAAAAGAAAAAAAAAAACAAAUAUGACUUGUAACAUAAGUUUCAUUAUUUCUUAUGUAUUAAAAAUUUAAUUAGAAAGGAUAUUCUCUCAUGCAGAUUAAUUAUGAGAUAUUGAUAAUAAUAAUCACAUGUAUAAUAUAUGUAUAUCUUGGUUGCUGCACCAAUAUUAUAAAAUAUUGUAUAUAGAUAAUAUAUGUAUUUUUACAUA